AUGGAUGCUGGCAUCAUUAAUAAUAGAAUCUUUGAUCAAAUAGAUUUUAGAAGUCAUGCUAAACAAUUCGUAAACCUUAGGUGGAAUGCACAAAUAAAAAUAUGGGUUUUCUUUGUAUUUGUAAUAACCACAAUAGGACUUGGAUUUUAUAUUUACAAUUUCAAAAGAGUCUGGACAAAAGGACCUUUUCUCUGGAUGGAUAUAAUAUUAACGACAUUUUGGCUAACAGCUGCAUUGGCAAAUCUUAAUCCAGUAUUUAAAAAUAGUAACAUUUUGCAAUGUGGAGCUUACGAUUCAUACAAUUUCCAUUUGAUGUGCCAAUCUUGGAUAUCAAGUAUACCUGCAAUCUCUUCAAAACAGAAAAAAUUGACAUCUAACAGACAAUCAGUAUUGUUGAAACAAACUUUAGAUAAUCCGAAUAAACCUCAACCUGUGAUGUUAGAAACUGGUUUCAAACCUCUAAUGCUGCCUAUCAUGGUUGAUAAUGAAAGCCAGUCUAAUGAAAUCGGCAGUGGUGGACAUAGUGAUAGAUCAUCAAAAAGAAACAGUAUGUUUGAUAAUGGUGGUUCGAAAAGAUAUAGUUUACUAAAUAUUGCCAAGAAAAGAUUGAGUGGAUAG